GACUUCUGCACGCCCUGCACGUGGUGGCCAGGUCGGGCCAGGUGUCGGUCGUGUUGGGGGAUCUCUGUGGUGGGGGAUACGCCCGAGUGAUACCGGAAAUUGGUCGAUUCGGGUAGCCAGAGACGAUAAACAAAAUCGCCGAGUAAUCUUAAGUCCGAGGAGUGUUCAGGCGUGCCAAAACAGCACAUUUUAACGCCCAAACAACACCGACGAUGACUCCGCCCGUCAAACUCGUGCACAUCCGUUUUCGGACCAUCGCGGUAGUGACCGCGCUUUUGCCGCUUUCAUCGUUCCUAACGUGCAUCUUCUAUUCGCUCAUAUUUCAAUUCAAGCAAGUCACGGCGACGCACUGCCAGGUAGCCAACCUACUCCCGUCCAUCAGUGCGGCGACCGGGAGUUACAUGCCCCAGCGGUACAUCUGGCGCACUGGCAUUGGGCUCCAUGCGGCUCCCAGGCUGCUGGUCAGCUUCAUGUACCGCCGUUACUACGCCGCCAUGCUGGCUGACAUGCCGAGGUACCAGUUCCUCGCGUCCACCGCGUUCUGGCUGAACGUCGUCGAGAACUUCUGCCUGUUAGGUCUAACCAACGUCUCAUCGAGCGAAAGCUAUCAGAAAGGAAAAAGAAGAGAAACGAAAGCAAGCCAAAAGGCACAACCAACAGCACAAAUCAUCCACCGGAAGAUGUUUGUGACAUUCGUGGUCUCUGCACUCUUGUACAUGCUGGUUUCUUGUUUCAUCCCCACCGUGGCCUUCAAGCACAUGCUGUCACAAGCGGAGAGGAAGUCCCUACGCACCAAGAAGCAGCUGAUGAUCACCAGUGUUUUCUGCUCCCUGCUGGCUACCUACUUCUUCCUGCGUCACAACUGGUACUGUGAGCCUGGAGUGUACACAUUCUUUGCCCUGGCCGAAUACAUCCUGGUCCUGUGCAACAUCGGCUUCCACAUGACUGCCUACUGGGACUUUGACGACCAGCAACUGUACGUGUGGUCGCUUCAUCACGACCCGUCGGAAGACAAGGUCAGAUGAACCACGUCUGCGAAGUCGCUCGUCGCAACCCGACAGUGUUCGCCCUGCAAAGUUUCAAAGACGGUUCUUCGUUGCACACAAGGAGGGAAACCUUGUCAACGGGCCUGCGCUCUUUGUCCGGACCGGCGCACUAGCUCCCUUCUGUUACCAUGUCACUGUCGCGUGUCGGGUGCACAAAAGGACCCGCGUAAGGAAAGGUGAGACACAAGUUGGUACCCGUCGCCGGAAACUUUUUUAAGUCCUCUUUCGUUUGGGUGGCUGUGUUGACUGAGGAGCUGUUUUUCCCACCUACAUGAGGCUAAUAUUGCAUUGACUAGUUGAGCAGAGAGGGCUGUGUAGCGAUUCGAACAGACGAAGCGCAUAAAUACUAACUAAUCUCAAGACUGAUCCCUACAUUUGCAUCUAAAUGUGUUGCAUUCUCUUGCAGCUGCUUACGACGAGAAAACUGGCCGACACACUGGCAUCGUCCAUUGGGUAGCCUUGGAACUGCGUGUAACUAGACCAGGGUGUGAAAUCUAUUGGCAUGGACAGUACGCACGUCGCAGCUGCCACAUAAAAUCCUCUCCUCGCCAUGGUUGCACGUGGUGCCACCAGACGACUCUCGAUGAGCGUCUAUAGACCGACACAGUGUUUACAAACAAGCCCGAAUUUGCCCACACCAAGUGUGGGCACUGCGCAUGUGCAGAAACCGAAUUCGCAUGAAGUGAAGCGUCUGCGCAUGCGCAAUGCCGUUGACGGCGCCACCGCAGCUGCGUGACGUCAGGGCCGCAUGUUGGUCUAUACAUCAGCAUAGGCUGGCUACUUGGGCUUGUGCCAAUAGGACUUUACCUGGUCGAUUGCGUUGCUAGAAGUUGCGGCCAGUACAACCCAAUGAGAGUGUCGGAGCGAGGCACGCGACACCACGUCACAGGGCGUGUGUGACAUUGCGCCGAAUGCGAGGCCCGGAGAAACCGGCUGUUUGCUGGCCAAUAGUCACCUGCUGCAAAACCAACGAACUUCGGAUGAAUGUCCACUUCCGCAAAAUUUCCAUCUGCUAGAAUAGCGAGCUCUUUGAUAACAGUUCAUUCGACAACCAUAUAUGCUCAAUUUACCCGCGAAUCUGUGAUGGGUGCUAAUGCCAGGGCCCAGUGCAAUGUUUUGUGUAGAAACAAUCGAUUACACGGUUAUGACCGCCAACGGGCACAGCGCUACAAGGAAAAAAAAGUCAGGUGUGAAUCCGGAUGUCGUCACAUUUUUGGUCUAAAAGUGAUUGACUCAUAAAUUCGUGAUUAUUUAUUCCUUAUUCUUCAUUUGUUCCUAGAACUACAUUUGUUGCGGAGUGCUGUGGCGGUAACAAGGCCCCCUGGCCUUGGCCAUGGGGUGUUAUUGCUACCUUGCUCUGGCGCUCUUAUCAGGUGGCUGGGGCCGCAGCCUCCACAGUUUGCCAAGUUAUUGUGAAACAGACUAGUACAUGGGUAACGUUUCAUGGGCCAGGUUUUCCAUGCUUCUCUAUGGGUGACACUCGUUUUUAAAGUGCUGCAUCACGUGACACUUGGCACUCACCCUACGUGUGUUGCUUAGGCGCAGCUUUGUCGUUCGCCCUGGUUUCGUGCCUCAGUGGCAGCAAGAACAGUUUUAUUUUCACGUUGAAGCGGAGGGAUCUCUGGCACGGUGUUCAAGCCGGCGCUUGUCGAGGUCGGAACUGGCGUGCCGAGCGGAAAACAUGUGCCCUCAGGUGCCAUAGCAACAAGACACUCCUUUUUUUUUUUCUCAGUUGCGUUGUUUGGUUGGCAGAGACGCUGUUGGCAUAGGCAAGUAAUUGGACGUGUGCCAGUAAGACUCUAUCUGGUCGAUCGCGUUGCAGCGUUUGAAGUGCUGUGUGUCCUCACCUAAGGAGUACCUUACAUUGUCAACUAGACUGAAGGUUUUGCAGUACUUGUAAGAUCAAAUCACACUAUGUUUGAGAAAUGGUUACUCGUAACAAUGUCAGAAUCAUUUCAAGCCCACAAUAAAAAAAAAUUGCGUAAAAAGAUUAAAAAAAUAUAUAUACGUAUACGCCGAUCGAAAGGGUUCUAGGGCUACCUAAUAGAUGACACCAGUGUUCCAAUGCGUUCUCCUGUCAUAACAGGCUACGAGGGAAUGCUGUACUUGAGCACAGUCGAAGACAAAUGUGCGAAAGCGCCACCUUUGCCAGCUUGAGUAAAAUCACAAGCCGUUAGGUCGAAGUAACUACGUUGACUGGUGUUUUUUUCAUGCAGCGUUUAUCAAGUUUUGUGAUUAGGGUGCAUUGUUUUCACGCAGUGCAUUGAGAGAUCUGAUACUGCGGUGUUAGGUUCUAGCCGACCAGUGAAAGAUGGGCUUCCAUCUUGUACCGGACCGUCACGUGAAGACUUUGCCUCCAUGCUGCAUUUCUUACUCGGAAAGCAUUCAAGUCUGUCCUUAGUCUGGGAAUUACAAUCUCCUCAUUUUUUUCACGCGAAUCUCACCAGGCGUGCAUGGCACAGAAAGUCCGGCGGGACCAUCUCUUUCUUGGUCAAUAUUUUAGAGUCGCAUCCUUGUUGUUGAGUUGUCACUUUUUCUCUUUUAACAGUCCUUUUUAUGCAUUGAUGAGAUUUGCUUCCUGUUUUCGAGCUUUUUGCUUCAUUUUUGAGCGGUAAUGGGAAGCCUGUUUACACGUCAACUACUUUGGAGGUAUGAAUACUUUUCCUUAGCUUUUCAUAAGUGCGUUGUUUCUUAUACAUUUUUAUUAUUAUUACUUCUUUAAUUUUGGGUGGUGGGUUGUGCUUUUCCAGCCCUUGUGCGAGAGGUAUCCAAUUUUAUCAAUUCACUUCUCUCUGGCCGCUGAUCGAUCCAAUUGUGUUCACAUUAUGUUAAGUCUGGUCAGGAUGCAUCAGAUUAGACUAGGUAAAAUGAACUGCAAGAUAUUAAGAGGCUUGCUUCAUAUAGAACAUGAUUAGAAUUGACCGACUGCACGUUUGUCUCUUGCUAUUGUUACCGCUGUCGAGCACACAAUCCUCGCAAUGUUGAUUACGAAAGAAUUGCUUUCCAGUUAUUAUCCAAACUUGCCGACAUGUUGACAGGCCAUUCUGUGCAGCAGUUGAUCCCGGUGGUUGUGAUCUCCUUCCGAGUUCUCCGCACACACCCCACUAAUGGUUGCUUUGUAUUUCUUCACCUACCUAUGCCCCUGUUUGUUCCCCUCGCUCGCAUCUUCAGGUCCUUGUUUUCGGUGUCCGACGUUUCUAUGACAAUAGACCGAUCUUGCCAGCCAGUUUCUUUGUGCCACCGCUGUUGCCAUACGUCCCGGGAGCUGUAGUGUUUCUGCACGUGCGACAACCCCGCUGCAGGUUUGUGCCAGCAGGGCGCAGGCCUAAGGCACCUCAGACGUGUGUCCGGCACGCGCGUUUACUGCGUCCAAAAAGAUAUUCCUUCAAUUUCUGCCCGACGACGUCAUAAAAGUGUCACACCGUCGCUGGCCGUGAUCUUGGCAGUGUCGCAGCACCGGUUGUGGACGUGGCAGGUGCUUGCUCUGCUGCAGGUCACUCCAGUUUGACAGACCACGUAGGGUGACCACCUCCCUGCUAGUGAAAUGGGGGACACGCGGGGCAGAGGGGGGGAGGGGAGGGGAGGAGGGGAUUUAUUAAGACGACACAACGAACCAAGGCUUUGUUAACACAUUUAUUAUCCCGUACUGUUCAUUCACCUGCUAAUUGUAUUGCAGCAAUUAAGCUCAAAUAAUUUUCACUAGCAGUGAUAGAUUAUUUUGAAUGCCAAAAAUGGUAUUACAUGUGCCGAAGUUGAAAACAUAAAAAUCGACUGUACCAGAAGUCAAUGCAUCAAAUGGAAAUGAGAAACAGUAAAUAUUUUUCUGGUUAUUG